GGUGUAAUUUGUUUUAAAUUAAGAGUAUAAAAUGUAAUUUAAUCAAUUAAUCAAGGUAGACUGGUGUAAUUUAUCACAGUUUUCGUUCAUCGCAUGCAUCCUCAAGGGUUUCACAAUCACUCCCCUAUUCAGCCUCCAAUUCGAACCCAAAAUGGGUCGCUCUCGUGCAAUCCCCCACUCCGCCGAAGAAGAUCAUAACCAAAGUCGAUCCAAGAGAAAAAGGAAUGCUUCAAAUGUGGAGAAUUUAGAACCAGCUACUGCAGAUCAAGAAAUUGCUGAAGGGAAGAAAGCUUUGUACCACUGUAAUUAUUGCAACAAAGAUAUCUCAGGAAUGAUACGCAUUAAGUGUAUAAUGUGUCCUGAUUUUGACCUUUGCGUGGAGUGCUUUUCUGUUGGAGCUGAGCUAAAUCCUCACAAAAGCAAUCAUCCAUAUAGGGUUAUGGAUAAUUUGUCAUUCCCAUUAAUAUGUUCUGACUGGAAUGCAGAUGAAGAAAUAUUACUCCUAGAGGGUAUUGAAAUGUAUGGGUUGGGGAACUGGACUGAAGUUGCAGAGCAUGUUGGAACAAAAAGUAAAGCACAAUGUAUUGACCACUAUAAUGCUAUAUACAUGAACUCGCCUUGCUUUCCACUUCCGGACAUGUCUCAUGUUAUGGGAAAGAAUAGAGAGGAACUUCUUGCUAUGGCCAAGGAGCAUGGUGAAGUCAAUAAAGGAUUUCCUACACUUGGGGAACUUACUGUGAAUGAUGAGCUUCUGCUAUCUGCAAGAAUCAAGGUUGAAGAUCAAAGAAAGGAAGGUUCAACUGGUCAAUCCUCAUCAAGCUUAACUUCAGAGACAGGUGCUGGUGUGGUUGCUGGCAACACAUCUACUAGUGCAGUUAAGCGGGCAUCCCAAAUUAAGGAUGAUCAUCAGGACAUCAAAAUGGAAGAUUCUCAUGCAGACAGGAGCAUUGGAGAGAAAAAACUUAGGACACCCGGGGAGGAGGGGCCUUCUAUGACGAGGUUGAGUGGCUAUAAUCCCAAGAGGCGAGAGUUUGAACUUGAAUAUGAUCAUGAUGCGGAGCAGUUGUUGGCAGACAUGGAAUUCAAAGAAUCGGACACUGAUGCUGAACGUGAACUUAAACUGCGAGUGUUGCGUAUUUACUUGAAAAGGCUUGAUGAAAGGAAGCGCAGAAAGGAUUUUGUGCUGGAAAGAAAUUUACUUUACCCAGACCCUUUUGAGAAGAACCUUUCACCUGAAGAGAGAGAAAUAUGUCGGCGUUACAGGGUGUUUAUGCGAUUUCAUUCAAAAGAAGUGCAUGAGGAGCUGCUUACUAGUAUUAUUGAGGAACAUCGGAUCAUGAAAAUAAUACAAGAUCUUCAGGAAGCUCGAGCUGCUGGCUGCCGUACAUCUGCUCAGGCUGAAAAAUAUAUCGAGGAGAAAAGGAAGAAGGAAGCUGAAGAAAGUGCUUGUAAAUCAAAGGAUAGUGCCCAGGCUGGUCCUAGUGGUAAAUUCUUGCAAAGGGCGAUUCACCUUAAAGGCGAACCUGAUAGCAGCCCCCGGGGAAAUGCUCGUGGAUUAUCACUAUCAGAUUCCUUUGGCAAGGACUCUUCUUCAACAACUCCAGGACAAGCUACUUCAAGCUCGUUAUUAGAUAGUUGGGAUGUUAAUGGAUUUCUGGGGGCCGACUUACUUUCUGAAAGCGAGAAAUGGCUUUGCAGCGAGAUAAGGAUCCUACCUUCGCAUUACCUCAGCAUGUUGCAAACCAUGUCAGUGGGGAUUUUAAAUGGCAACAUUACCACAAAAUCAGAUGCCCAUGGUCUGUUCAAGGCUGUCGACCCAAGCAAGGUUGAUAGGGUUUAUGACAUGCUUGUGAAGAAGGGUAUUGGAAGCUCUUGAAGCUUGGGUUUUUGAAAACAAAGCUCGUUCAGUCAUGUAUCUUUUUAAGUAUGGUAAUGGGCAAAUUAUGGCAGGCAACUUCAUAGGAAGAUAGGUUGUUUAAAUCUCGGACCCUCAUUAAAUGUCAUAACUUGUAAAGCAGUUGGUCAGUUAGUCAUGUAUGCAUUGAGAUUAUUCAACUCCUUCAACUAUACAAAGUCAUAUUUACAGGUGAUUUAUUUAUUUAUUUGUACAUUUCAAAGUAGAACCUUUUUAUUUCUCCUUGAGGAUAUGAUGAUCAAUUAGUUACUGAA